AUGAAUAAAAAAAACCUUCAAUUCAAUGAUGAAAUUUCUUACAUGGAAGAAUCCAGUAAUCAAGAGGAAAAUUAUUCUUCGUCUGAAGAUUCAUCAAAUCGUGACCCUAUUAAGAUGACAACAAAAUAUCAUGAACAACAAUCUCAUGAAGCUUUACAAACUCUAAAGGAUAUUAUGAAAGAAAAAACUUGGAAAAAAGUUCUUAUGCAUAAAAGUGGUAUAACAGUUUAUAGUAAACCGGGUAUUGGGGAAAACGAAAAAACACCAAUAUACAUGGCUCGACAUGAAAUUAAAGGCAGCUUAGUUGAAAAUUUAAACGAAACGACAAGUUUAACUUAUAUCGUUAUGCAUGGAAUAGCUGGAUCAAAAUCAAGGGAUAUGUCAUUAGUGGAAAAAAUAGAAUGUACUUCGAAUGGAACAAUUUAUUUCGUUUCUACUUCGGUUAAUACUCCCAAAGUUCCUCGAAUUGUUGGUAAAGAUCGUGUUACUCUUUUACUUAAUGGUUGGAUUAUUGAACCUAUUUCUAUUUCACCACUUUGCACUCGAGUUACUUACGUUCAUCAAUCACGUUUUCGAGGAUGGAUUCCAUCAGUAAUUGCUAAAAAAUAUUUAGCAAGAAGACCUCUCGCUCUUUAUACCAUUGAUACUUAUUUACAAAACAAUGGUCCACCUAAAAUAUAUGUUCGUCUUAAUUCUUCUUCUCGUAAUAGUGGUUGGAAAGAUAAAACAAAUUUUCAACCAAAAAAAGCAGAAGCUCGCGUUGCACCAGAAUAUACUUCAGAACUUAUUCACUCAAUUAAUGGUAAUGAAAAAUCUAAUACUUUGAAUACCUUAAAUACCUUGAUAACAAAUAAUGAUAAUAAAACAAAUGAAAAAGUUUUAUCUAAAGAACAUAUUACACCCGAAUAUUCACCAGUAGAAACACCUGUAGAAUCAUCAUCAAAAAUUUCUCAACCAUCAGAAAUUGAAAUUGAAGAAAAAGAAGAAAUUUUAUCUCCUCCUAAACAAAAGAUAACUCAUAAAUAUACUGAAAUUUCACGAAGCGCAUUUGAAAGACUAAAAUCUCAUUCAGAUUUAUCAGGUUGGACUUUUUACUGUGAGAAUAAAGGUGUUAAGAUUUAUCAGAAAGAUAAUGGAAGACCUACACCAAUUGUGCGUGGGGAUGAACGUUUCGAAGAAGGUUCUACUUACGAACGUUGGGGUUUGGAUGAAAUGUUAACUAGAUCUGCAAUGAAAGGAAAUUUUCUUGUUAGUGGUCGAGAUUUAUCAUUAUUUAGUAGAGUUGACCGAGAUCCCGAAACUGGAACUGUUUGGUUUACCAACACAUCAGUAAUCGAUCCAACUAUUCCAGAGACUAAAAAAUAUGUACGAGCAAAUUUAAUAACAGCUGGAUGGAUAUUGAAACCUAAUUUUAAUUCUUCAAAAUCAAUCGAAUCAGUUAAUGUCGUUUAUUUAUUAAUCAAUAGUGAAUUGGAUAUCAAAACUUUUCAAUCCAAUUUCACCUUUAAAUCUAGUAAAGAAGAAGGAAUUAUUGAAAUUCAUACAUCCAAGAUUAUGUAUCCAAAUGGAUUUGAUAUCACUAUUAUAUCUCAAAAUGUUAAAGUAGAAUUUGUUCCUAAUUAUCCAGAAUUAAUUAGAAUUACAAAAUUUGAAUCAAAUCUAAUAGAUGAAAUUAAAGUUCAAAUUACAAAGUAUACAUCAGGGAGAACAAGAAUAACAUAUAACGGAGAUAAUAAGAUUCCAGUAGCAAGUGCUUCACCUCUUAAAAAAAUUAAUAAAGUAAUAGAAAAUUCAACAUCUAAAACUAAAUUAAUUGACCAAAAAACUACUACUCCCCAGAAUACCCUUAAGAGUACUACUCCCCAGAAUACUAUUAAGAGUAUUACUCCCCUGACUACUCCCCAGAAUACUAUUAAGAGUAUUACUCCCCAGACUACUCCUCAGAAUACUCUUAAGAGAACUACUCCUCAGAAUACUUUUAAGAGAACUACUCCUCAGAAUACUCUUAAGAGUACUACUCGCCAGAAUACUCUUAAGUCUAUUCCCGUUAAUGAUAGUAACCAAAUUAAUAUUCGACAUGUAAUACAAGAAAAUACUUCAAAUUCAACUCUUAUCGCUGAUGAAGGCACAAUUCUUCCUCAAAAUAUAAUACAUGAAAAGAUGGUUUCAAAUAGCACUCUUGUUGAAGAAGAAGACAUAGUUGAUCCUCAACUUAUAAUUGAUAAUACAUCGUAUUCUAAACAUUUAUUGCAAGCAAAAUCAUUAUUUGUUAAUGAUGAUGAAAAUAAAGAUCUCGAAAAUGACAAGGAAAUCAAAAUCCUUGAAGUUGUUUCAAUGGUAUUAUCAUAUUUCGCUGGUAGAUUUAGUACUUGUUAA